CGGCACCAUGGUGAUCCUUCGCAGGCACAAUUGCACCGACGCAACUUGUAUUCGAGAACAUCUUCUACGCAUCAAUGAAAAGAAAUGGGGCUUCUUCAUCUACCGCACCUGCUACUAUGAUGAUCCUGGGCGAUGGAAUCGGUUCAUGGAGCAGCUCAAGGGAUUCGCCCGCAUCGGCCUCCUCAACUAUGACCCAGAAGGCGACGGUGCGGCAAUCAUUGAUGACCUGGAAUGGAAUGUCCAAGACGAUCCCGCUAUGGAGGGAUCAGGGCCAGCGCCAGGUACUUGGCGGGCCAUAAAUUAUCGCAAUCCAACAGCAUAUGUCAUUGCCAUGAAUAUGCGGUGGUGGGACCGCCAGGAAGAAGAAGCCAGACGUGGUCCCCAGCCUGACGAUGACGAUGAUGAUGAUGAGGAAGGGGAAGAGUGUUAUCCUUUGAUCAAUGGCUGUCAGAGGUAUAAUGUGGGCUGGACAAAAGUCUCCGUCUCUGAAUUGUACCCGAGAUUGUAUAGCCUUCUCGUGGGUAGCGAUCUUUGGCGUGUUGUCUAUAAACGGCCGCCAAAGAUCUCGACAGGAGGACCAUAA